AGCCGCGAGCGGGUCAGGUGCUGCGAGGACCGGGCAGUGGAAGACGCGCUCCCCCCCACCCCUCCCCGUAGCAAUGAAACGGCCGAAGUAGCGCAGGCAGCUCGUGGAUGGCAGACAUUCCCCGUUUACUUUCCGCGCUGGCGACUGGCAAGGUGCUUGACGCUUGGAGGCGAAGAGGAGCGCCGAGUCUCGCGCCUGCUGCCUCGGCUCCUUUGGAUUACACGGAUUUACAAAAGUGAAGUCGGACGGGAAGAUCGCGAGCCCCGGACUGUGAGAGCUCAUCGCUGUCACUCCGCUGUGCCCUUGGCAAAUGGGAGUGACGGGCGCGAGGGUUUGAACCAGACGCCAGAGGACGAGCGGGAGAGAAGGGGAAGAUGUUUUCCGAUCAGCGGAGCAGCAGCAUCGCCAAGCAGGCGCUGAAUUUUCCAGUGGGCUUGCUCAUCAGUUCGCCCAAGAGGAGGCUGGCCAAGCUGGGUAGGAAACCUAGCAACGGCUCCGUACAGUCAAGCUCCUCCGAUGCCACAACAAAAUCGACUGAGAGCAGCGGGGUGCGCCAGCCGGCCAAAAACCGCAUCCGAAAGCACAACAACCGCCUCUCGACCGUCUUCAACCGCAGCCCCAACUUAAAAGACAGCCGGCAGAGUGUCGUGGAGCCGACGGCCGUCCACCCCGGCGAUGAUCCGGCAGAGCUCUCCACGCAGGAGGUCUCUGCUCCCGGGGUCCUCAAGGUGUUCGGCAGCGACAUUUGCCAAGGGGCUAACUACAAAAGCGUCCUGGCGACGCCUCACUCCAGCGCACAGGAACUGGUCAAGGAGGCCCUGGAGAGGUAUUCUCUCGACAAAUCAGACGCAGAUUCUUAUGUCCUUUGUGACGUGAUUGGCCGCACGGGUGAAGACCACCAGUGGAAAACCGAGUGCUUCCGAGUCGUGGGGGACAACGAAAAGCCGCUCAUCUUGCAGUCCCUAUGGAAACCCAAGGAGGGAUUUGCCCGGCGUUUUGAGAUCCAGAAGAAGUCGAGCGUUGAGGAAAAGGUGGCUAAGGAGAAAGACACGGUGACCGCAGGUAUCAACGCCCAGGCUCGGAAACUGCAGAAGGUGCGCUCGCGGGGCGCCUCCGUGUUCAUCGCUGAAGAUGUCAACAGCAACUUCACACUUUGGAGGAGCGUGAGUGAAAUGAACUUGUCAGUCAAGUCCAAGGACCUGCAGAAGGACGGCACGGGCCGGGGAGAGCAGGAAGUGGCGUGCCUGAGCGUCGAGAAGGAGGAGACGGAGAGCAGCGAGGACAACAGCGCCCACUACUCCAUUCAUCCGCCCUCCGAGUUCCCGUAUUUCCUCCUGCUGCAGGGCUACAGUGUCCGACAGGACUUCAUCGUGUACCCAAUGACGGGGUUGAUCCACAUUUUUGGCCAUUGCCGCGAGCCGACGUCGGGAGAGGACGAGGAACAUCUAAAGGUGGACUCCGUGCUGCACGAUCCCAGUAUCCUGCCACAGCACUGCUGCGUCCAGCGCUUGGAAUCUGAAGUCUGCUGUGAAGGCAAACGUGGGGGCAAGCAGGCCUUGAACCUUGUGAAGCCCCUCCACGGUGGCCGUGUCAUGCACAAUGGAGUCCCUUUGAAGGAGGAGACUGAGCUUCUGCCCGGGGACCUCCUUGGCCUGGGCGAUUAUUACCUUUUCAUGUUCAAGGACCCUACGGUGUCACGGACCAAGCAGAGACCCGUGUGGCUGAAGGCUGCCUGCUGUAACCUCGACAAAGCCAUCAUCUGCAAGAUGUGUGGCACGGCCUUCAGGGACGAGCCGGCUUGGAAGAGGAGAGCGGCUCACCGGAAGUCGGCACAGCGACUGCAGGAUUGCGAGGGGAAGGACCUCCUGUUUGUCUACGAUUCCACCCGGGAGGAAGAAGUCCUCAAGGAGAUAAUCAACAUGAGUGACCCUAACGGUGACGCGCCCAAGCUCACCCCGGCCUACCUGCUCUGCCUCUGCAUGCAGCACUCGGCCACCUCCUUUGAAAUUUUCAACUUCAGGAGGCUUCUGCUGCGGAUUGCCAGCCACGUCCAGACUGUUAUGUGGGAGAAGACAAAGGAGCUGGCGGGACUGCAUCCAGAAAUCAAAGCCCCGGCUGAUCCUGAUGACCUGAAUCUUCUGACCAUCCAGGAGCUCAUCCCCGGCCUGCAGCCCCUGGUCUUCUGGAUGUCCAACUCAAUUGAGCUGCUGCAUUUUAUCCAGCAGGAAGUUCCCAGGCUGCUCCUCUGGGAAAUGGAAGAAGAGGAGGAGGAGGAGGAUGAAGAUGAUGAUGAGAGAGAAGAUGCUUUGGGCUCGCAGCUGUCCAGCACCCGGUCAGCGAGUGAAGAGGCCAUGACCGUCCUUAAAGAGGUCAUCAUGUUUACCUUCCAACAGUCCGUCUACUACCUCACCAAGACCCUGUACACGGCUCUCCCGGGACUCUUGGACAGCAACCCCUUCUCGGAAUCGGGACAACUGCGCAUACCGGAAGGGGUCAACAAGAUUCUGCUCAUCCUGAAGGAGACCCUGCAGCUGCUCAACACGUACCAGGUCCACACGGAGAUCGCCUCCCAGCUCUUCGCCUACCUGUUCUUCUUCACCAACGCCUCGCUCUUCAACGCUUUGAUGGAACGAGGAUCUGGAGGGGGCUUUUAUCAGUGGUCGAGGGGGGUGCAGAUCCGUGCCAAUCUCGAUUUGCUGCUCGACUGGAUUCAGGGAAUUGGCCUGGGUGAUCUGGCACUUGACUUCUUCCAGAAACUCUCGGCUGCCGUCAACCUGCUUGCGACACCAAAGGAGAAUUUACUUCAGGCUGGCUGGCGUUCCCUCCGGAGUGAGUUUGCAAACCUCAACGCUGCCCAGUUGCACCACAUGCUGAGGGAGUACAAUCCUGGUAGACCGUGCCCGGCAAGCUGGAGCCCAACGCCUGAUGAUGCUGACGCUGCUACAAGAACAGCUGACAUUCUGGAGAGUUUUGACGACCACCCGCCAAUCAUACUGCCAUGUUCAAACUUCCACACUGAACUGGGUAAAGCUGCCAGCGAGACCCGACUGCAGGAGCAGAUCAAUGAGCUGGAGGAGCGGUUGGCCCGGUGGAGUCGGAGCCCAUCGGUGACGACGGUGCUGCAGACCACACAGGAGGAGAAGCUCUCCGCCACUUUGGAAAGGCUGCCCUCCCAACGCCCGGUGAGCAGACAGAAGAGCCCUGUGCCCCAAGGACGGACACCCACCACCAGCCCCAAUGAUCUCCGCGCCUGUGGGGCUGUGCUGACGCAGAAGCUGAAGAACCUGGAGCUGCAGUGCCACCUGCCGGGACAAGCGGACCUGCCAUCCUACAAGAGGCUGGCGCUCGACUCCUCCUGCCUCCUCACCCCACCAAACACCCCGCAGGAGCCCACAGACGGGGAGUUGGAGCACCCAGAUGGGCCACUCAAGGAGCUCGCCACGAAGGAGGGCACUGCAGACAACACAGUAUCCCAGGUAAAUUCAGAAGGAAAGGUGCAGGGAGACGAGGAAGACGAGGAGGUGUUUACAGUGGAGUUGGAGAGAGGACCCCACGGACUCGGCCUCGCCUUAGUGGAUGGAUUGAAGACCCAGCUGAACAUAAGUGGGAUUUACAUCAAAUCUCUGGUGCCGGACUCUCCAGCUGCCAAAUGCAACAAAUUGCGUCAGGGGGACCGCAUUCUCGCCGUGAAUGGAACAAGUCUGGUGGGACUGGACUAUAACAUUGGCAGGGAGCUGAUUCGGGCCUCGGGGGACACGCUAAGGCUGCUGAUCGCCAAGUCAGAGUCCUGGGUGUCGUCAAAGAUCACGGCCACCAGAUGUUAGAUCAGCCGAGAGACGAGAUGGGACCACCAGGUGCACUCGACGUUCUGAACGGUUGAAGGAGCUUCUGCCCGUAAUGGCCUGCCGCCUACAUCGACGUUAUUGAAGGGGGUUCAGAGGUCAGAGCAGUUCACUCCACGCCAGCAAGUUCAAUGGAAAGGUGAAGGAGAAUCGCCAGCAUCGCCCCCUGGUGGUGCAGCAGCUCUGCUCGACUUCAGCUUUUGGGCGACGGCCAUUGACUGAGAACUACAAUGUUAUUUAUAUAUCUGGAAACUCGCUAACGGGUCUGUGGUGAGACCAACAUGAUGGUCGGUUUUGACACCGGGUUCUGGACAUGAAGGGCAUUUCCAGGCAGGGAGGUGCCCCUUUGCCAAUGAGUGAGGGCAGGCUGGAGAACCAGCAACCAUUUGGUCCUGGAAAUGGAAGGGCGGGGUGGUUGAAUGUCAGGGAUGGACUGGAAUCAAAGGGUAACUCUGGACAAUUAUCUGGACCGGCCCACCACAAACAGCAGCGGGCAGACGCCAAUCCUCCCAGCGCCCCCAUGAUCUGCUAGUUAAGUUGUCCAUGCCAUGCAGGGGCCGCCCAGGCGCUCCGAUACUCCUACCGCUUUGUCCUCCUGCCUCUCACCAGCAACCCUGUGCUGGUUUUUGACGAGAACAUGGCCUCCUUGGCGUCUCUAGAUGGGGUCAGUCCAAAAGUGGUGAGCAACGUAAUAGAAAUAAAAAGAGUCAGGGCUCACGUUUUUAAGAGGCAUUUUGUGUUUAACCCAAGGGGGGGCGCUCAUGAGUAGACCCUGACCCAGAACUUCAAAGCGGUGGAGUGUAGUGAGGAAGACCACAAGGAUUUACAGAAGACACGAAGGCUGUAAGAGGCCAACUGGGCCAAAACGCGCUGACGGGCACCAAAAGAGGGGGUUCCCUGGUACCUCGAAUCCCCUUUGGCUUCGGCUGCAACACCUAAUGGUGAUGAAAAGUGUUGCCAACAAAUUUCUGGAGCUGGUUGGGUAUUCCGAGCGCCACUUCGUUGACCAAGAGCAACGUCCUUUGCGGUGUGAGAUGUGGCCGAGGCGGAGGAUUUCAACGCAGUGAAGGACCCAAAGCCCUCGAGAGGGAGAAGGAAAUGGGACACCCAGUAGCACGGCACUCUCAGCGUCACUUCCUCCUGGCGACUCUCCGAGUUGUUGAUGACCUGCAACUCUUCUUUCAUGUUGGAUUUCUUUCGAUGACAGCCAUCCGGGGGGCUCGUCGUGUGGUGGGUGCUCUAAUCGGCGCAGGCUCCCCACCACAGCCAUGGCUGGGAUUUCAUGGUAAACGGUUAGGAGAAAGAAGGCCUGAAGUGCGUGCGACUCGGCUCAUCUCGUGGUCUCUGCUGCCAUCUAGCGUUUAACGUCAAACAAUACGCUCUGUGCGGCUUGGUUAAAGUUUAACCUUCUUGCCGUUAUGUUUACCCCCCGGAAAAACAAGCCAAGAAUAUUGAAUUUUUUUUCAACAAGGAAAAAAGUUUGAGAAGCACGUAAACAUCAAAUACGGUAGAAGGGGUCCGUCUAAUGUCCACUGCUGUGCGGAUGAAGAUUUAGUACUCGUCCUUCACGUGAUACACUUCGAGAAAGUCGCUCGAUGUCGCAAUCAGGACCGUAGGCUCGUUUCUUUGCGCACGUGGCCGUGUAGAAGGUCAGCGAUUGACCUGCCCGAUGGACGCGCCUCUUGUGUUAUCGUAGGCCACCAUUUCCCCGACACGGUCCAUGUGCUUAGGGGGCCACCGUCUUCCUGGUCCUUACUCUCAAUCACAAUUUUUUGUUUGCCUUUUUGUCACACAGCUACUGUCGUAACGCGCUGAAGUUUCACGUGACCCAGCUCGCCAGGGCCUAUCGUGUUGGUUCGGUCGUACGGCGCCUGUUCGUGUGUCCCUUUCACCGUUCCUGACAAAUUCACAUCGUCAUCGCCAUCACUCGAUUCGAGCAACGCUUCAGUUUCAGUUCGUUGUAAAGCUGCCUUUACGCCUUGUCGUUUGCCGUUGGUUUUUGUUGGAGGCUCCGCCCCACUCAUGAAUAUUGAUGAGUUGACUUAGAAUGGCAAAACAUAUAGAAACAUUCAUGGUUUUAGUUGCAUGGUGUUAAUGUGUCCACUAGAUGGCAGGCAGCAGAAUUCUGCCCUGAGUGUUAUUCGGGUUUAAACGCGUAAAGCGGGUCGUGACACGUCACCCCAAGUCUGACGCGUGGUUAACCGUAAAAUUUCAAGUCCGAGUGGCGCUCGGGAUUAACGCCGAGGAGGUUAACGAUGGACCUCACAGUAGUUGGGAACAAAACUCAGGCAAACAGAACUUCAGUGCGUACUCGGACCACCGUUCUGCAGGCAAGUCAUCGUUCAAGCAAUGAAACUCUUCAAACUCUGAGCGAAGUGCUGUCACUUUUUCAAAUCUCGUGACCAAUUGGUUCAUCAAAUUAGCCAUUAAACCAACUCGGCUGCCCAACUUCCCCUCAAACAUGCCAGGUAGGCCCAGACCCUCUGGCAAACCUGAGGAGCUCACCCGGGUCAGCCAGGCACCUACUAAAAAACAAGUCCGCUGCCCCACCGGAGGUCCUCCAAACGGUCCCAGCAGGCUUUGUCCAGUGAGGGCUUCAAGUCCCAGGUGACCCUGCUGGAAAACGUUUCGUCGGCGAGUAAUCAGAAUAUCGAGGAAAAGGAGACGCUGGGUUUGGACCAACCUCGGGUACAAGUGACUGCUUUUGUGGAAUCUUUAUACCGGCACAUUGAUUGUGUCACAACUGGUGGCACCCUGGUGCAUUAUGGGAGAAUGUCCAGAGUUAGGGUUGGCGUCACGAGACUUUGUAACGGAAGUGCUACGUGAUAUUCUGACUGCAGAAUCAGAUUCCUGGGUAUUACAAAAAAAACCAAAAUGUCACCAGGAUGAACUUUUUAGCCUCACGAAAAUGCGAGGAAAACAAAAAAUUCUAACACCCUGACCCCACAGCCUCCACAGGACCACCCGCUCCAGGGGGUGUCCCAAACUCGUUACGACGGGCCCUGCCAGCCUGCUCUUGACCCCCUUUUUGGUGUCCUGACCCACUUUUCCCCCCCACGUCGGCGUCGUCCCCCUUUCAUGAAUCAAAGACAAUCGUCAAGAGCGGCGAGCGGAGUGGACAUCUGUGUGAUCGCUUAGGCAGCCCACCGUGUGCGAUCAUCUGAGUGCCCCCCCACUUGGUGAUUUGAGUGCCCCCCACUGUCAUAAGAUGAGAAACACUUGUCUUAUUUUUCAGAAUUGCGCUUUACUUUGGAGGUUCGGCCAUUUUGUUGAGUCGGCGGUCGGGUGAAUUUCGGCCCAACGUCGACGUUGUUGGCUCUGACAGUGUUAUUGUACGUAACUAUUCAUAUACUGUAUGUACAUUUUAUUUGAAUUUGUAACAUUUAUAUGAACAAAUAUUUUGUUAUAUAUAAAGAUAAAAUAUAUUUUUCAUUGUGAUUUUUGGGUUUCUACCCGAAUGGAGUAAAAACGAGAAAACUGGACAAAGGGGCCACCAUCUCCACUAAAAUAAACACACAGUGGUGUCUAAAA